AGAUUUCGUAGAAGUUUAGGAUUUUUUUUCUAUUCUUUUUUUUUUUUUUUUAAUUUUUAUUUGAGGGGAAGAGCAAUUGGUUAGUUGGUCACGAUUUUGCUUAGAUCAAAGGGAGUUUUUUCCUUUCGGAUCCUCAUUUCUGAUUCGAAGUUUUUGAAGAAAAAGGGUAGAAUGUCUCUGGGUUUCCCUCGAUUUUCUUGGUGGGUGUGGGGUGGAAAAGAUAACGAAUCUACUGUCUCAUCCGGAGCUUCUUUGAAUUCUUCAUCUGAUUUGGGAUUGGGUGGGAGAGAAUCUGAUACUAUCAAAUUUCCUUCAAUGAAAGGCGGAAAGAUGCACUCCACGCCGAGAAGGAUUAAGCGGAAAUGGCACAGUCGAGAAGAGCGAAGAAUCGACAGGGAAUAUGAUGUGGUUCUGGUUCCAUCAGAUGGUGGGUGUUUAUCGGGAUCAGAAUCUGACGACUCCGAUUGGUCGAUUGGGUGGUUGGAACCCCAUGCCCCUGAUUUCCUGAGUGACGAUGAGACUGAAAGCAGUUUUGCCGUGCUGGUUCCAUGCUAUGGCCGUGGUCGUAGGGAGCUGGUGGAGGUGGAUAACCCCAAGAACCAGUUUUUGGAUGCCAUUGGAAACCUCCCCAAUACUGCAAACCAUUUUCUAGAAAGCAAGAAGUAUAUGGAAGAGUGGGUAUCUUCUCUUCAGAACAACUGAGGAUUGCUGGUGGUUGUUUUCUGUAAGAUUGGUCCUACUUCGGUGUUUCUUAUAUGUGGCUUGAAGAACCUACUAUGUUUUCAGAU